AUGGCGAGCAGCCCAGACGACACGGCGUCCCUGGCCGAGCAAUUUCGUCAGGAGCGCAAAAAGCUGACACUAUUUCGUCGUCCAUUCAGCGUGCUGUACCACUUUGGCGUCGUGCUCCUGCGGUUCCUCACGUGGCUGGCGCUACGCGUGCAACGUAGUCGUGCCACGCGUUUCGUGUUACUACCGCUGCUUUUGGUGUGGCUAGUUGCCUCGAGUCGCGACGGACCGCACCGCCAACUGCUGGAUGAAUUUAAUGAAAGCGUCAAGUUCGUGGUGUGGUGGGUCGGUUUGGGCGUGCUCUCGAGUGUGGGGCUGGGUACAGGAAUGCACUCAGGCAUUCUAUUCCUCUUCCCGCACAUAUUCCUCGUCGUGCAAGGUGCAGAAGAAUGCAAGUCACUGGACUUUGACAGUCGCCAUCACAUGUGGUUUCAUCCUUUCGAGGCCAACUGCAACAACGUACCCGAUAUCUCCACUGUCACCUUCUCCGCCAUCUUCUGGAAGGUUUUCCUGCCUUGUAUGCUCUGGGGAGCGGGAACUGCAGCGGGAGAGAUUCCUCCGUACGCACUUAGUCGCGCCGCGAAGUUGGCCGGACAGCGUAACGAAGAAUUCGAGGAGAUCGCUGAGUCCAAGUCCCAGUACAACCUCAUGAACAGCAUGAAGGACUGGAUGAUCCGCUUCCUGGAGAAACACGGCUUCUGGGGCGUGCUGCUUAUGUCUGCCUGGCCCAACAUGGCCUUCGACCUCUGUGGCAUCUGUUGUGGACACUUCCUCAUGCCCUUCUGGACGUUCUUCGGUGCUACGCUCAUCGGCAAGGCUCUCAUCAAGGUCAACAUGCAAGCUGCGUUCUUCAUCACCAUCUUCACGGACGCGCAUCUUAAGCGGGUGGAGGCCUUGAUUGGACGCGUAACUCCCGAGGAGUGGGGACUUGGCUCUCGUGUUAGCGAGUUCUUGUUCGAGUGCCGCGAGAAAUUCCACUCAGCACAGGUUAAGGCUGCAGCUGAGCACGCUGGCACUGCAGCGACAACCGGCAGCAGCUUGGUCUCCCAGCUGGGCUCAUGGAUCAUGGUGGCAUUCAUCGCCUAUUUUGCCAUCUCGUGCAUCGAGCAGUUUGCGCAGCAACACGCCGCCGAGGAGGACGCGAAGAAGCUCAAGAAAGAGAAGUAAGCCUCCUGCUUUGCUAGCAAGCUCAUACACCUAUCCUUGCGGAGCAAUGAGAAGGAAUGAAGUGUACCGAGUCUCCACAAUUGAAUCCAGGAGGUGGUCUGGUUAGCGAGAAAAGGGCCAGGACAGACUUUUCUGUAUUGAUCUAG